CAAGAGAGAUCGUCGCCGAAAAUGAGCGCCAAACACAGCAUCCAAGGCGAGAAAAAUCAAAACAUCAAAGUCUACGUGAGAUGUCGUCCAAUAAACGACCAAGAGCGCAAAGCGCGCAGCCAGAUGUGCGUCGAUGUGGUCGAACAGCGCCGAUGCAUCACUGUGAAGAGCCACCAUGAGAAAACCUUCACGUUCGAUGGAACUUUUGGAAAGGAUUCCUCCCAGAUCGACGUCUAUAAGAGCGUGGUCCAACCUCUUAUCAGCGAAGUUCUUCGAGGCUAUAAUUGCACUGUGUUCGCUUACGGUCAAACCGGAACGGGGAAAACCUACACGAUGGAAGGCAUACGGUCUCAGACCUUGCUUUCGUGGCAGCACGACCCCCACGCCGGAGUGGUCCCCCGAGCUCUCCACCAGAUAUUCUCCGAAGUCGGGGAUCCGGAGCUCACUAUCAUCAAAGUCUCCUUCCUAGAGUUGUACAACGAGGAGCUAUUUGACCUUCUCGGUUCCGGAGAGGCUCAGACCUCCAAGCUUAAGAUUUUCGAAGACUCCACCGCGAAAGGAUCCGUGGUGGUCAGGGGCCUCGAGGAAGUAGUCGUUCGAGAUCGGCAGGAGGUCUAUUCGCUGAUGGAACGAGGAGCAUCGCGGAGACAGGUCGCUGCGACCCUGAUGAACGCGUCGAGCUCGCGGUCUCACACCAUCUUCACAAUCACUGUCAUCUCCAGAGACACGACGGAUACAGGAGAAAACCUGAUGCGAACCGGUAAACUGAAUCUGGUGGACUUGGCUGGCAGCGAGAAUAUCGGCAGGUCGGGAGCACAGGACAAACGAGCGCGUGAAGCUGGGAAUAUCAACCAGAGUCUCCUGACACUUGGCCGCGUCAUCACGGCCCUCGUCGAGCGAACACCACACGUGCCGUAUCGAGAGUCGAAGCUCACGCGUCUCUUGCAAGACUCGCUGGGCGGUCGGACCAAGACGUCGAUCAUCGCAACGAUUUCCCCGGCACAUGUCAAUCUCGAGGAAACUCUAUCGACAUUGGAAUAUGCCUUCCGUGCGAAGAAUAUCAUGAACCGUCCGGAAGUGAACCAGAAGUUGUGCAAAGAGGUCGUUCUGAAGCACAUGACGGACGAGCUAGAGCAACUCCGACGAGAUCUCAUUGCGUGUCGAGAGAAGAACGGUUUCUACAUCGACGAGACGAAUUACAGGUCGAUGCAAAGCAGAUUGGAUCUACAGUCUGAGGAGCUCCAGCGAAAAGCCGAGGAGAUGACAGAGAUGGCGGAACGCAUUGAUCUUCUGAAAGCAAAGAUUGAGGACAUCAACCGACUUUUCGAGGAUACCCAACAAAGACUCGAGAUCGAGAGUCGAUGCAAGGAAAUUGCUCAAUCGAGACUAAAAGAAGUGAACUACAACUACACGGCGGCGAAGGUUCUCGUCAAAGCUCAUCAGAAGACCGAGGAAAAACUCCACGAACAUGCCUCUAAGCUGAUUGACACUGCUCUGCUGGCCAAGUCCGAUAUUCACAAACUCCACGACAAAGUAGAGAGACAGCGUGAGGUGGAAACUCACAAUUCGACCGUCAUUGAUAGAUUCGGUGCUCUUCUCAGCUCAUCCUUGGAUUCGAGUGCUCGUCGAGCGGAAGACGCUGCUGAGGUUUUGGCUCAAACUUGUACUCUGAAAGACGACGGUCUCCUUCGUAGCCUGCAGGAAGAGGGCCGUUUGCUACAGGAAGUAGACGGCCUACUCGGGAAUUUGGUCAGGGAGCAUCUCGAGAACAAAGAAAAAUUCCUGAAUAAGAUCUCCCGCGUUAACGAUAUCGCCUCGAGCUCAAUACAGGCAUUGGAACGAAUCGAUUCUGAAUUCGAUGACUCGUUGAAGCGAGUCAAUUCUCGGGUCACGAGCAAGCUACGCUUGGACCUGACCGAGGAGCUGAACAAAAUGAGGAACUCAACUCUUUGCGAGAUCGCUGACAUCAUGAAGGUGGCUUCGAGCAACGAACGAGUGGUAAAGGAAGCGUGCGGCAGCCUAAAGGUAGCUGUGGCUUCUUCGGCAGAUUCGGCAAGGACGCUGGAGACCCGGGCAAGAGAGAGAUACGCGGCUUGCAAUGCGGAGAAAGCCAAAAUAGAAGAGAUGUUCGAGGCUCUGAGGAAAGCAAUAUCUCAGACAUUGACGAUGGAGAACGGUUUCAUUGGAGAAGCCGUCGAGCAUUCGAAACAUGCUCUGAAAGGAGCAUCUCAAGCUUCCAAUGCGAUCGAGGACGUGCUGAUGAACAACGCUCAAGCCACGGCUGAAAUCGUGUCCCACGCCGAGCGCCUCAAAACGGCGGUCGGAACUUGUGACGAGGAACAGCAGAAUAUCGCCUCCGCUUGCGUGGAGAGCAUAAAACUGGAUCUCGGCAAGUUCCAGGAUAAACUCCGCGCGAGUACCCAAACAACCAGCAAGGACCUAAAAGAGCUGAUACGAAUCGGUGAGGAAUCUAUCACCGGAUUCGAAGAGACGUCGAAUUCGGAAACGAGGGACUUGACCACGCUGGCUCUCAACGUUCUGAGCGGCACGAAGUCGAUAUCUGAAACAAGAGAUAAGUUGUCGAAACUGAAGGAGGAAGUCGCGGACGUCAUCAGCGGGAGCGUGAAGAGCUGUCAGGUGACCGGUACAACUCCAGCGCGACGAAGUUACGAAAUUCCCCGGAAUCUAGCGCGCACCCAGCCCGCGGAUAUUCUCCAAGCAAAAAUGCAGAAAAAACUCGAGGAAGCGACCAUCGAGGAACGAACAGCGUUGGACGAGGGUCAGAGCAUCCUUCUCGACAUCACCGCAAGUCCGGAAACACUGGACUUCGAUUCGGACGAGGAAAAGGAAAAUUACCUCGUUGAAACCGAUGGUUGAUCGUUGUGAUAGUUCGGCAACUGUCUGGUCACUGCUGCAGCGCAUGGUGCUAACGGAGUGGAUAUCGUUUUACUAUCAUCGACUUCGGUGGCCGAAGACAUGAAAGGAAGGACAACUGGUAGCGGAUGUCAGGGAAGGAUACCGCAGACAUACCUAUGUAGCUAUUCUGCGAAUGGAUCGUCAUCUAUCGGGGUCAUUUUGACUGAUGUUCUCCAAGGACAGAUGGGAAAAAUGAAAAAACUUGACAGCUGUAAUUGUGCUCACGUUUUCGCGAAGAAAAUUUUAUCAGAUUGAUUCUGGUCGCAUAAGCCCUAUGGUUGUGGGCGUGAGAUGAAAUUUCGCAUGGUCCUGUAGCUAUUGACUGUUGAAUUGAGUAUUCACGGCACAGAAUCGCGAAGGAUUUGGUGGCGUCCUCGGCUGAUUGAUAAUUGGGUGCAGUUUCCCAGACAGACAAAUCUGGAGCUGU